AUGAAUUUAAAAAUUGAAAAUGCAUAAUAGUCUGAAGAAAAUGCUAAGCAUUUGGAUGAGGCAAAAGACUCAUAUUUUAGUAAUAGCAAAGUGUUGGAUUUUCAAAAUAUUGAUUAAUACAAUGAUUCUAAUAACUUUGCUUCAUUCUAUGCAUUAAAUAGACUGAGCAAUCAUUUAGAAAGUAUUACUUAAAAAUUAUUCAAAGAUAGAGCCUCUUACAAUUAGAACUCUUAAUCUGUUAUAUUAAUGUAAAAGUACAAAAAGCAAAAAAUGAUAAGAACUGUGUUUUUUUAUAUAUAUUUAAUAAUUACAGUCUUUUAGCGUCCAGCUUGGUGCAAUUUUGUUGAUUAUUAAGUAAAAUCUAUGUUAUUUUAGGAAUAUUGCAGUAUCUAUAAUGGUUAAAAGUUACCAACUAUGGUAAAUUUUUAUCUUCCAAUAAGCUUAUACUACUGUGUUGAAAUACUGAUCGUUUUAUAUCUUUGUUUGAGUAAAGUAUUGCAAAUCAUUAUUCUAAGGUAUUCAAAGCAACAAUACUUGGAUCAGAGAGUAAAAAGAGAGCAGCUAUAGUUUAACUCGCUAUAACCUUUUUAAUUAUUGUGAAUGAUGUUACAGUGAUGAUACUAGAAAAUAACAGUCCAAUUAAUAUCAGUUUAUUAAUGAAACCAAUAUUAAUAGUCCUUUAAAAGUAUAUAAAAUAAUACUCCAAUUAGACGAACAUUACGCGCCACUAUAUUUCACUAUUGUUAAAUAGUAAACAAGGGAAAGGAAAUAUAUUACUUGAUGAUUUUUUCGUUAAUAUUUUUUGCUGGAUUGGGUUCAGCAAUUUUUUAAUAAAAGGAGAAUGCUUCAUCAGAAAGCACAAUUUGUUAGAUAGAUCAACCUCCAUUUUCAUAACCAGAGCAAUGUAUAGUAAUAAUACUUUUUGUUCUUUAAACUACAGUUAAUUCUCCAGAUAUUUACUUACCAUAUUACGGUGAAUCUAGGGGCUAUGUGGCAUAUUUUAUAUUAUUCUAAUUCAUAAACACAACAUUGAUCAUAAAUUUUGUGUUAGCCUUCUUUUAUUCAUCUUAUAAAGAUCUUAUGUAGAAAGAAACUAAAUAAAUUUUAUCAAAGUAUAAUCACAGAUUUAGUCUUAAAACUUAGAAGUUUUUUCGUACCAGGACAGGUUCAGAUAUAACACGAUUAGCAGAUAUAUCUUCAUUAGAUAAUGUUAUAUCAAGAUCAAUUUACUAAAUUUUAGAUAAUAGAUUUUAUGAGAUUUUUAUUGAAAUCAUUUCCUCAUUAUCAUUUAUAAUGAUAUUUUUCACGAUUACUUAUGUGAAAUUAAAUAUUUUACUAUUUUGCAAUUCAAUAAUGUUUGGAGAAUGCCUCUUAUUGAUAUAUUAUACUGGUAAAAGAAGGAUUUGGAGAAAAAAAUCUUUAAUUAUUGAAUUUAUUUUCUCCAGUUUGAUACUAUUUUUAAUUAUCUUAAACAUGCUUGGAUAUCAUGAUCAGAAGAUUUUACUAAUUUUAUUAUGUUAUAGAUUAUUGAGGGGAUGUCGAUGGCUAUUAAAGAAUAAAAGUUUUACUGUUUUGAUAAUUUCCAUAACAUCCACCUUUUAAUAUAUAGUGUAAUUAUUUGGUGCAUUAUUCAUCUUGUUUAUGUUGUUUACAGCCAUCGGACAAUUACUUUUUGGAGGAAGAAUCUUCUUUUCUGAUGAAAAUCAAGUUCAUUAUGAAUUAGCUAACUUCAAUGAUUUUUUAUCUGGAAUGUGCACAUGCUGGUUUUUAUUGAUAAUAAACAAUUGGAAUGUAAUAUCUUAUAACUAUGCCAAAAUAUUUAAUACUGAUUUAGUUUACAUAUUUUUCAUUAGUUUUUAUAUUGUCGUAGUGUUGUUCACACUUAACGUCACUAUGGCAUUAUUGAUUGAAUAUAUAGUUUAAAAGUUAAAUGUAAAAAAUUAGACCGAUGCUUCAUCUUAAGAACCAUAGGAUGAAAUGUUAUCCAAUUAAUAGUCACUAAAAUGA